AUGCUUCAAAACUUCCCACUUGUUACUCGCGCCUGGGCUUUUCAAGAAAAGAUCCUCUCCCGCCGAAAAAUAUAUUUCACUAAUGCCGAAGUCGACUGGGAAUGUUCACAGGACAUACAAUGUUUCUGCGGCGGCAUCAGAAAUGCGUCUAGAGAGCCUGCGACUGCUUUCGAAAUGAUCCAGAAUUCGUUUACUGGAGAAGAUUUAAAACACCGUGAGAGAUAUAAGUGGAUGGGCAUCAUUGAGCGUUAUUCUAGUCGCUUUUUGACAAAAGAGACGGAUCGCCUACCGGCCCUUUCUGCACUGGCUCAGAAGUUUCGUACUGCAUCUGAACUUGGCUCCUACCUGGCUGGUAACUGGACUCAAGGUCUGGUGGCGUCGCUCAAAUGGACGGCUAGCAGUGGAAAAACUCCCACUUCAGAUUAUAUAGCUCCAUCAUGGUCAUGGGCAUCAGCACCGGGUGGCGUAACUUUUGUCAAGGAAAUUAAUCCCAAAUAUGCUGUAUCUGGAGCACAUGUCUGGGCUCGCCUAAUAGAAGCGACGUGUAUCCCCGCCAGCACGGAUCCCAUGGGUGCAGUAUCACGAGGACACAUCAUAGUUGUCGGUCCUGUUAUAGCAAUGAAAUUGACUUGUGACCAAGAGGAUCUUGACUACUCCCAAAGCGAUAGACAACUGGUACCAUGGUAUCUAGUCAAGGUUAAUGGUGUAUAUAGUGGAGAGCGGGAGUUGACAUUCCUGGAUGCAAAAAUGACGUUAGAUGAGACGAUGAAGAUGAAGGACAAAGAAGUCUUGGCCCUGAUGAUUGAUCGAAUGUUUUCUUUGAUCUUGCAGCGAUCUAAUACAAAUGAUGAAGCUUUUGAGCGUAUUGGAGUUAUGUCACAUGGCAGUAAGUAUCGGAGCGGAGUUGAGAUUCCUAUGAAUCAUUCUAUUGAUAAAUGGUUUGAAGACGCAAGGCAGAAAAUAUUGGAAAUUGUUUGA